AUGGGAAAAGCACCUGAAUCAUCCUGGAUGGACCGUGGCACUUCUGCGUUGAAGAGCCAUGUCCAAAAUUCGGAACAAAUGGAAAUCCGUCAAACCCGUCGUGGGUUCUUGCAAGAAAUUUUGGGUUGCGAGGCCAAAACGGAAUUCAAGUACUUUAUCGGUGGUGACCAAAUUGCUAUCAGUCUAGAAGACACGGAUUGCUUUUGCCGCAUGUGUUGCGCUGCCAUUCAUCCCUUCAAAAUGGUCGUCAAGGAACUCAACACGGAUGCCGAAAUGGUUUCUGUCGAUCGACCGUUGGCCUGUCCGGUGGGGGGUUGCAAGUGCUGCUGCUACCAAGAGGCUAGCUUUACCAGCGGCGGUGAAGCAGUUGGUUCGAUUAAGGAGGAGUGUUACUAUUGUGUCCCUCGCUUCACUAUUUUCGAUCCCGAAGAGAAGCCCAUGUAUAAGAUUCAUUCUCCCACUUGCUGCGGCGGCAUGUGCGUCAACUGUUGCGCCGAAGGUAAUCCCUGUGGCAAGGGUUGCUGCAAGGUUUCCUUCCGAGUCUACGAUCCUAGCUUGGACGAUACCGAGGGAGAUGCUCCUUAUUUGGGACAAAUUCUCAGAAAGCCAAAGUCGGCCAUGGUGGAAAUCUUUACUGAUGCUCAGGCCUUUGUUGUGGACUUUCCCAAGGAAGCCACUCCUGCUCAAAAGGGUGCUUUGAUUGGGACUUCCAUCUUUUUGAAUGCCAUUUUCUUUGAAGGAGAACAGAGCUAA